AUGGUUGUGGAAGCCAUCACAAGCAUGGGAGACAUCAAGAAAAGACUUUCGCAGGGGAUCGAGGAAGCGCUGAGGGCUCUGACUAAGAAUGCUCCCAUCGACAGCAUCACGAGAAGAAACAUCAAGGAGUACAUGGCGAAGAAGAAGCAAGUGAGCGAGGACGACAUCCAAGGGAACUCGGAAUACUUCAAGGACGAGGUUCAGCGCUUGUUCCUCCAAGUCCAAGAGGAGAUCGAGUCGAGGUCCAAGGUGAAGGAGAAGAGGCAGAAUCCCGAUCACCAUGGUAGCGAGGAGAAAGGCAACGCCGAGACAGCGAAGAAGCGAGUCAAACCCUCGAAACGAAAGUUAGAGAGCGAAAGCGAGAGCGACUCUGAGGACGAGAGACCCAAAGCGAGCAAGAAGUCGAGGGAGGGCAAGACAAAGAGCAACAAGGCCGACAAGGAGCCUGUGAAGACGGAGCUCUCCAAGGAAUGUCAGAGGCUGAAGGAGUUGGCUAAGAAAUGCGAUCUAGUGGUUCCUGUGAACUGCUUCAAGGGUGAGCCUGAUAGUGACGAGCUCGCUCGGAGGAUCGGGAAAUAUCUCCUUGAGCGCGGGCUGCCGUCAUUGAAUCCUAGCCGUGUGGAGAUCGCUGAGUUGAAGCGGAAGGUGGCACUCAGCCGAGAGUUGGAUGGGAUCGAGACGUCCAACAUUGUCGUGAGCUCAAGGAGGCACCGUGGGGACGAUGACGAGGAGGAAGAAGAGAAACCUCGUCGCCUCAUCGUCGAUAACAGUGAUUCCGAUGAUUGA